AUGGCGGAGGCUGCGAGCCUCAUUGAAAAGUAUAGAGUUGAUGGAGGCGUCGACCUGUCCAAGGCCGCGGAGAUCCACAACAACAUUUUGAGCUUCAAGCCCGAGUGGGAGAGCUACGAGGCAACCAAGAGUUCAGCGCACAUACUCAAGCUCAUCGAAGCAGAUGCGCCAGCAAUCAAGAACAAAUCCAUGAUCCAAGGCCAUAUACAAGUUCUCCAAGCAUGCAUGGCGUUGAUGGGUUCUCGAGAAGACAAGCCAAUUCAGUGGCUCUUGACCCUAUUCUACGACAUGCUGAGAGAAGACAGCAGCGGAUAUGCCAUCUUCGAGGAUGCAACAAAGCAACGGAUCGAGAUCUACAAGCCUCUUCUGUCGCUGCUCCAGCGGCCGGGGCUGGAGAACUACACUUCCGACAAGGUCGCAUGGCUGCUGUCAGCUGUGAUGAGUCACGUGCCGCAUGUAGCGACAGAGGCGAGUGUCAAGGAGUUUCUGGGUGAGAUCCUUGACUCCUCGAAGACGAAUUGCUCAGAGCUAGGUCAGCUGGAGGCAAUCACAAACCUGCUCAAGGGAGAUGUCUACAGAAAGCUUGUUUGGUCCUCUGCAGGAAUUCCGGAUCGCAUCUUCAGGAUUCAGCCCAAGUCUUCACCAUCGCCGCAUCUCUACAAGUGCAUCUUCGCAAUCUGGGCGUUGUCUUUCGAUCCGCAAAUUACCAGCGAGAUGAAGGAGAUGUACGUGAUCAAAAAGUUGAAGGAGACCUUAAUGUACAGCCGUGUGGAGAAGGUUGUCCGCUUGUGCUUGACUGUGCUGAAAAAUUUCCUCGGUCACAAGAGCAUGUGCGAGGACAUUGUCGAGGAAGGCAUUCUGGAGGCAGUGCAGCAGCUAGAGUUCGAGAAAUGGCGAGACGCCGAACUCUACGAUGACAUUAAGGAGAUGGCGAUACAGAUUGGCUCAGAGGUCAGCGAGAUGAGUAAUUAUGAGCGCUACGAGCGAGAGUUGCAGACCGGCAAGCUUCAAUGGGGCUUCAUUCAUUCCAGCAAGUUCUGGGCAGAGAAUGUCAUGAAGUUUGAAUCGAACGACUUCCGGGCUUUGAAAAUGCUCGCAUCCUUGCUGCAAAGCCCGUCAACCGAUGCAACUACACUGGCAGUGGCAUGUCAUGAUCUUGGAGAGUUUGUGACUCUUCACCCUCUGGGCAAAAAGAAGGUGGCUCAGCUGCAGGUGAAGGAGAAGGUGAUGCAGCUCAUGGCAGCUCAAGACCCGAACUUCCGAGAAGUGCGGCGAGAAGCUUUGCUUUGCUGUCAGAAAAUCAUGCUGAACAAGUGGCAG